AUGGCGCUCAAGUACAUACCAAACGACCUCCCGCUGCAGACGCUGGACCACGAGCCCCUCCAGCUAAUGAAGUCGUCCCUGGAGCACAUUCUCAAAACGACGCCUCCUCAGCCGGCGUAUCUCGAUCCGGCGCAGCAUGGCGGCUUCAUUAGAGGCCCAACCAGCAUCGCCUAUCUCUUCUUCCGGCUUGCCAGCCUGUAUCCAGACGUCCAGGUGGCGGACCACCAUCUCAUGCACUGGGCCAAGAGAUAUGUGGAGGCAGAUCGAGGGGAACCUGCCCUCACCACCAGGGUCGGGCUGAGCUGCGAGAAGCUGGCGUACCAGGCACUCAGGGCCUGUAUCAGUGCGGACGCAAACGACGUAAAGGCCUUCUUGUCCAACAUUCCAACCAUCGUCGGUCCCUAUUCGAAUGGAGAGAAAGAUCCUUUUGAGUCGGAGAUCUGGCAGGGAAGAGCUGGCACGCUCUACUUCAUGCGCCUGAUGCGCCAUCAUCUCCCAGACUGCGCCGCCAUUCUCGAGGAUCCGAUUGCGCAGGUAUCUGCAAAGAUUCUUGCGGACAGCGUCGACAGAGAAGAGGGCGGGUGGACGUUCCACAAGAAAAAGUACAUUGGCGCUGGCCAUGGUGACAUUGGAAUCCUGACGCAGCUCGCCCUCACAACUCCGGCUCUUGCUCCAGAGCUGGCGCCUAAGCUUCGGGCUUUGCUCAGGCUUCAACGGGACGGAAACUGGCCCAUAGCCAAGGAAAUCGACGAAUCGCGUCAUCCAAGCCUGAUGCAGUGGUGUCACGGUGCCCCUGGAGUUUUGUAUUCUCUUCGUGCGAUGCGCCCGUACUUUGCCGAUCUUCGUGACGAGAUCGAUGCUGCGAUAGCCCGAGGGCAAGAAGCCAUCUGGAGGCAGGGGCUGCUCAGAAAGGAGCCGAGUCUCUGUCACGGUAUCUUUGGAAAUGCUUUAAAUCUGCCGCGUGGACCGCACAGAGAACAUUUCCUGUCUCUGGCGACAAUCGAAGCAAUGGAACAGGCCAAGAUCGUUGACCCCGACGUGUUCUUGCCGGCGGAUUAUGGACAUGCCAUGGCGCUUCUGUUCAACUAUCACUCAAGCGCGGCGUGGACCUGGGCCGUCUGCGAGUUGGAGAGUCCACCGAUGGUUGUCUAUACGGAUGUGUGA